CCCGGUGGACACAAGGAAAAGCGAAGCAGGUGACUGGACUGACAGACGGGACAGUCGGAUGCUCAGUUCCCGUAGCUGUCGUUGUUUCAUAUGUAUCCAGCCAAAUCUGCAACGACUACGUUGAUCGUCAGAUCAGUCCUGUCGGGCGAAAGUAAUAUAAAACACGCUGCGACUCCAGGUUUAUGCAUUCGGUGGAUUUUUUCGGGAUCGCUAUAAUUCGACACAGACGGCUGUCGGUGUAGGGCCACGCCCACUGACCAGGCCCGCAGGUCUCUCUGACUUCAGAGCUGAGCUGACAUUAAUACAGGCACCGUUGCCAUAGCAGCCCUCCUGACAGACAGCAGAAGCACUACUAGGCUGAGAGGCCAGGGGUUGAGUGGACCAGCACAGACAGAGCCCCCAGCUUGUCCUCCUCCUACCUCGCUUUCACUAUGAGUGGUGUAUGAUGUGGUCAAGGUCAUGGCCAGCGAACCCCUCGAAGGUUUCCAUGAGGUCAACCUGGCUUCGCCCACCACCCCGGACCUCCACGGCCUGGCCGAGACACGCCCUCAGCGACACAGCGCCCCGCCCAGCUCUCUGUACCGCACCCCCUCACUUGGCUCCGCCUCCUGCCCCCCCAAUGCCCUGAGGGCUGACCAGCUGCCCACCCAGCCUGUCUACUCCGCCCCCCGCCAUCUUGGCAAUGACGAGGCGCACAAUGGCAGUGUUCCAGGACUGGAGCCCUCUGCCCGCUCUGAGGUGGAGUCAGCAGAAAGUGUCUUCCUUGUUGGAGAGGAAGGGGAGGAGUUCCUGGGCUUGAGUGACAGCAGCUUGUCCCGCCUCCGCAGCCCCUCUGUGAUGGAGGUGAGAGAGAAAGGCAACGAAAGGCUGAAGGAAGAACUGGCCAAGGCACAGAGGGAGCUUAAGUUGAAGGACGAGGAGUGUGAGAGGUUGUCUAAGGUGAGGGAUCAGCUGGGGCAGGAGCUGGAGGAGCUCACUGCCAGCCUCUUCCAGGAAGCUCACAAGAUGGUCCGUGAGGCCAACGUUAAGCAGGCUACUGCUGAGAAACAGCUGAAAGAGGCGCUGGGCAAGAUUGACGUGCUGCAGGCGGAGGUGCUGGCCCUGAAGACUCUGGUCCUCUCCUCCUCCCCCACCUCCCCCUGCCAGGACCUCCCCCCAGGCACCAAGACCCCCUUCAAGAAGGGCCACGGCCGCAACAAGAGCACCAGCUCCGCCAUGCUGGGCAGCCAGGCCGAGCUGUCAGUCACGCAGCCCAUCGUACGAGACUGCAGGGAGGUGGACAGUCUGCUCUUCAGCGAGUUUAAGGCCUGGAAGGAGGAGCCUAGUCUGCAGAGGAGCUGCUCCUUCCUGGAGAGAGUCUACAAAGAAGAUAUCCACCCCUGCCUCACCUUCUCCAAGAGCGAGCUGGGGUCAGCCAUCUUGGAGGCGGUGGAGAGGAACACGCUGAGUGUGGAGCCGGUGGGCUUCCAGCCCCUGCCCGUCGUCAAGGCCUCGGCGGUGGAGUGCGGAGGACCAAAAAAAUGUGCCCUCAGCGGCCAGACCAAAACUUGCAAGCACAGGAUCAAGUUCGGAGACUCCAGCAACUACUACUACGUGUCUCCCUACUGCAGAUACAGGAUAACGUCAGUGUGUAACUUCUUCACCUACAUCCGCUACAUUCAACAAGGGCUGGUGAAGCAGCAAGACGCUGAACAGAUGUUCUGGGAGGUGAUGCAGCUACGCAGGGAGAUGUCAUUCGCUAAGCUGGGCUACUACAAGGAUGAACUGUGACCAAUGGGGUUACAAGGAAGGCGGGUCUUCAUCCUUGAUUGGACACACUCCGGCCAUAAAAAGCAGGGCUCUCGAAACAUCUAUACUGCAUUACUGAAGGACCUCCCACUUGAUUAUGUUGUCAUGGUAGCCCUGUAGACCCUACUAGACUCUGCUGUACCAUAAACCUAGGACAUGACCCCUGAACACUAGCAUUGAUCAGAACCUCAAACAUGGAGGCUCUACUCCAACCAAUGCCUGUACUCUAUUUAUCCUGACAUCUACCUCCAUAUAUAGGCCUACCUUUAGAUCCUGCCCCUUACAUACUACACCCUACCAUCCAGCCCUCCUCUACACCCUACCACCCAGCCCUCCUCUACACCCUGCCCUCCUCUACAC